AAUUUCUUUAGUUAGUAUAUAGUUUAUUUCAAAACUGAUUAAUUGUUAUUGAUAAAAUAUUUUGAAAUUUAAAAAUUGUUAAAUAUUCUUUUAAAAUAAUAAUAUGUUACUCAAUAAAUGUAAGUUAAUACUUUUUUUUAUUCAAAUAAUCAACCAAUCAAUAUGUGUUGAUCUAAAUAACAUUACACGGGAGGACAUAGACACUCUUGAAAAGGAAUACAAAGAUAUGAAAUUUGUCAAGCUUAUGGAACAUCCUUAUUAUAUAAAAUCACGCAAUGAGGAUAACUUUUGUCCAGUGCCUUACAGUCACUUAGUAGAUUAUCAUGACAUUUCUUAUGAAGAUGUUUACAAAAGUCACAAAUCUGAGGAAUACAAAUUUAAUGAAGUAAACACAAAUUACAGAAAUGCUUUAUUAAUCUGCAUGGAGUUAAUGAAAGAUAAAGUGCACUUUUUAAAAGAACCUAAAAAAGUAACAAUGAAUGAAUUGACUGUAAAUCGAUUGAAACAAUACCAAGAUAUGAGUAAUCGAGUUAUUAGUCGUCAUUUGACUUUAAAAAGUGGUCCUACUUACAAAGAUAUAACUGGAGAUUUAUAUCAAACCUCUUGUACAAGCUGUAAGGAAGAAAACACUGGUACCACUAAUGAAAUUUACAUUUGGUCACCAUGUGGACACGGCUGGUGUUGUGAUUAUUGUAAUGACAAAUUUCGUAGAGGCAAAUUGUCAAAAUGUCCAGUAUGUUUUCAAAAGUUUAUAAGUACUCAAGAUCUAAAUAUACGAACAUCUGUGUCAAUAGUUACUGAAAAAUAUGUGCCGUUGCAGGCAAGAUGUAUCUUAGAUGAACGAGAAGCGCGUUGUAUAAAGUGUCGCAGUCAAGUAACAGAUGAUGAUGAUGAUGAACUGUCAAAGAGUUACAUAAUGAUACCAUGUGGUCAUGGUUGGUAUUGUGAAAAUUGCAUUGAGGACGAAAAGUGUUCAAUAUGUAAGCACAAAAAAACAGAUAAAUUGUGUGUACAAUUUAAAAAAAAUGAAUAAAUCUAUUGAUGUUAUUUUUUUAAUUAAUAUUACUUUGAUUAAUUUUUUUUUUAUUAUUUUUUUAUUUAUGAAAU